AAAUACUUGGCCUAAAAACAAAACAGUUGCUGAGUGAGUUCCUGUAAACUGAAAUGGCAGCAAAAAUAUUAUCACCAAAUCCACAGCUUCUCUGUUCCUUUUCUCUUCGUUCAAAACUUAGUUUCAGAGAGGUGAGGCAGCAGCAAUCAUGGCUGAGGACAGCUACAAAACCCAAGAGACAGGUGGUGGUUGGUGUGUCCAUUCAAGAACCUCUCGUAUCUACUCUUGUGGAAAACAUCAGCAAUUACCACCAAAACACUGAGCCAUUUUAUUUAAUAGCUGACAGUGCAGUGGGCUAUUCUUUGGCUAGCUACUACACUUCUCUUGGUUUAUUUGUCAUAUCUGUUCCUGGUCUCUGGUCUCUCAUCAAACGUUCGGUUAAAUCCAAGAUAGUGCAAAAGACAUUUAUAGGAGAAGGGGAAAGUAUGAAGGCACCGAAUCAGGUCGCCGGGGAGAUCUUAUCUUUCUUUACUCGCAAUAAUUUUGUGGUCACUGAUAGAGGAGAGACUGUAACGUUUGAAGGAAUGAUGGUUCCGAGCCGAGGCCAAGCAGCAUUGCUCACAUUCUGCACUUGCAUUAGCUUGGCAAGUGUUGCCCUUGUGCUUACCAUAACCUAUCCGGAUAUCGGCAAUAACUGGUUCUGGAUCACCAUCCUCAGUCCACUAGCGGGAGCAUAUUACUGGAAACGAGCAUCAAGAAAAGAGCAAAUUAAGGUUAAAUUGCUGGUUGCCGACGAUGGUACCCUGUCCGAGAUCGUUGUCCAAGGAGAUGACCAGCAAGUAGACCAGAUGAGGAAAGAGCUUCAGCUUAGUGAAAAAGGCAUGGUAUACGUUAAGGGCAUCUUUGAGAGAUGAUAUUUGAUCGCUGAAAAGGCUAUUCAAUUUUUCAGUUGGGCUUGUGCUAUGCAAUCAUAAUACGAACUUAUAAGGGAGCACAGCAAAUUGAGUAUCAACGGAAAUAGUUAUUAACGGUGUCCUUUUAAUGGAGAUGAGCCUAGAACCAGGAUUGUUUUGUGUUUUGUAUUUCCCGGAAAUUUUGAGAUGCAUAUGCUCUUAAAUGCAUAAUAUGAUUUUGCUCUUGUAACCUGAAAAAGUUUCAAUUCUUACAGAUUGAUUAUCAUCAUCAAUUUGAAUCUUUACGUUCAUUUUCAACUCAGCUUGGUUGCAAACAAACAUGCCUGUUCAAAAGGUACGGAAGAGACUUGCCCUCUACCAACAAUGGUAGCAUACAAAUGCAACGAGGGCAUAGCAAAGAUCCCAAGAUGUUACAAGAUGCAGCCCAUUGCGAGAUACUAAUUGAUGAUUGAAAGAAAGAAGAAAAGCAAGUUGCUCUCUUGAGACCUAGCCAACAACGGCUUUAGACAGAAACCUUGAGUCAUGCAAAUGCAGACAUGUGUAUAUGUAUUUAAAAGGUAAUGUUAUCUGUACAAACUCGAGUUUGUACAAACUGAUGUGACAUGUCACAAAACAUAUCAUAUGACAUUAGGAUCCAUGUAACUUAAUAUUUAAACUCUCAUGUGACGUGACACUCACAUAAUGUGUCACGUCACUUUGUAUAAAGAACUUGUACAAAUAGUUUUACCCGUGUGUUUAAA